AUGUCCAUCACACAAGACACCAUCAUUCAAGAUACUGACAUCGUCACCGAUGACUCGCGUCAACGUAUCACUUCCUACUUCACUCAGUCAUUCAGCAAAGAAAUGCUCACAUUCAUAAGACCUACAAAUGAUGCUUGGGUGGCCAUCUUGGGGAUUUCAUAUCUAUCAGCAUCUCAUUUGGCCAGUGAGCAGGCUCUACAGGCCAGUUUAGAGGUAUUGGAUCAGUGGACAACAAACGCAAUGAGUGUUGGAGGGACAUUCGACCUACUAUUAAUGCAGAGUAUCAAGAAUUCAGUGACAAUCUUGAGGCAAACUUGGUUGGAGGAAAAUGACAAGGAGACGUUUGAGUAA